AUGGCCUCCAUCGGCCCUCAAAUCCCUGAACACCUCCUGAAACAGCUCAACCCUCAGUCCUCCGACAAGUCUGCCGAUGAAAAUGCCCCCGGUCCAAGCACAAUAGGGCCUCAAAUACCUAAACACCUCCACUCGAAACGCGAAGCUGACAUACGAGUCUAUGAUGACGAUGAAGACGAUGAGGGACCGCGACCUAGCGCGGGACCGAGCAUUGGACCGACGAUACCGCCACCGAAUACGAGCUCUCCGCGUCCCGUUGCAGGACCGUCCAUGCCUCCACAAGGCGCACAGGGCAAACGAACAAUGGGUCCCUCAUUACCUCCUGGAAUGGGCGACAGGAGGGCAGACUAUGAUGACGACUCAGACGACGACGACGUUGGGCCUAUGCCCCUUCCUGCAGGGGAAGCCUCCAAACCAAAAGCACCUAAACGCGACGAAUGGAUGCUGGUCCCACCAACGAACUCAGGGCUUCUCGGAAACCUCGACCCAACCAGACUAAAAGCCCGCCAAUUCUCUCGUUCGACUCACGAUUCCUCCUCCAAGUCACGGAACGAGCCCUCACUGUGGACAGAAACGCCCACCGAGCGGCUCCAACGCCUUUCUGACGAGGUGUCGGGCAAGAAGCGACGCGUGACGGAUGCUCCUGCUGCUGAGGACGAAGAUGAGAAGAGCAGGAAACGUAGAAGAAGGCAAGAGGAGGAGAGGAUAAGGAAGGGGGUUGAUGAUUAUACGCGAGUAAAACGUGGUCCCGCACUCGUUGACCAACACGCAACCAAAGUGGACACGUCCGAGAAGAAAGAACCCCCUGCAAUUUGGGACCACUCGCGCGACAUGGGUCUUGGCGGACGCUUGAUGGACGACGACAAGCGGAACAAGAUGCUGAGAGAGGCGAAGGGGCUUGGAGAUCGAUUUGGGAGCGGGAAGAGCGGAGGGUUUCUGUGA